GCAACUCGAGCGACGCCUGCAGUGGACAGAGGUGUAAGGAGCGCGGCAGCCGGGGCUUGGCCGGCGGGGCCCGGGAGCACCUGAGCAUGGAGCCCCAGAAUUCUACCCAAGACUGAAGUUAUUUCCUUCCCUCAAAGAUAAUGGAAGCACUAUGGAUAUGAUAUUAGCAGAAAUCACGCCGUCCUCAAAGCCUCAUCCACCUGUUGUGGGCAAAGUGACGCAUCACAGCAUUGAAUUAUACUGGGAUCUGGAAAGGAGAGCAGAGCGGCGAGGACCUCAGGAACGCUGGCUUAGGUUCUCGAUCGAAGAAGAAGACCCCAAAAUGCACACUUAUGGUAUCAUUUAUACGGGAUAUGCAACAAAGCAUACUGUCGAAGGUCUGGAACCAAGAACACUGUAUAGAUUUCGACUGAAGGUCACCAGCCCCUCUGGAGAAUAUGAGUACAGCCCCGUCAUCUCGGUAUCUACAACCAGAGAACCCAUAAGUAGCGAACACUUUCACCGAGCUGUCAAUGUGAAUGAUGAAGAUUUGCUCAUUCGAAUACUUGAAGGAGGCCAUGUUAAGGUUGAUGUUCCCAAUAAGUUUGGCUUCACUGCUCUGAUGGUUGCUGCCCAGAAAGGAUACACCAGGCUUGUAAAGAUCUUAGUUUCCAAUGGCACAGAUGUGAAUCUGAAGAAUGGAAGUGGCAAAGACAGUCUAAUGCUUGCAUGCUAUGCGGGACACCUAGAUGUUGUAAAAUACCUCCGAAGACAUGGAGCUUCUUGGGAUGCUAGAGACCUGGGAGGCUGCACAGCUCUGCACUGGGCUGCAGAUGGCGGCCACUGCCCGGUGAUUGACUGGAUGAUAAAGGACGGCUGUGAGGUAGAUGUUGUGGACACGGGCUCGGGGUGGACUCCACUCAUGCGAGUCUCUGCGGUGUCAGGAAGCCAGAAGGUGGCCUCGCUGCUCAUUGAGGCUGGGGCCAACGUGAAUGUGAAGGACAAAGAUGGAAAGACACCUCUCAUGGUGGCUGUGCUAAAUAAUCACGAACAGUUAGUUGAAUUACUACUUGACAAAGGGGCAGAUGCAAGUAUAAAAAAUGAGUUUGGCAAAGGUGUCCUAGAAAUGGCCAGAGUUUUUGACAGACAGAAUGUGCUCUCCCUAUUAGAGGACAGGAAGAAAAAGCAGCUGCCAAAGAAGUCUUCUGUUCACUGAUCAGAGCACCACCUGUCUACAAAAUCCAAGCAAAGCAAAGCAAAAUGUGACCGUUGACCAGAGUCACAAGAAAUUCCAAGUCUUUGAGGGCUACACAUUUAUUUAUUUAGUAGAAGAUUCACAGUGACUUUUUGUAACAGAUGACUGUUCCCACAUUGAAAUACAUAUUUUUACCCAAGUACACUUGCAUAUGUUCUUAUAUCACUGGGCAUCCAUAGAACAGGGAUGUUUCCUUGCACUUGUGCUUUCAGUUAGACAUGAAACAAAAUAUUUAUCUUCCAGAGCUACACAAACACAUGUGGGUCUCCCACUCCCGGGCUCCUGCCCAGCUGUCCCAGGGCACUUCAGGCUGUUGGCAUUCUUUCCUGCAUGUGCUUCCUAUUGUCCUUCCUCCCCCACCUGAAGGCCUUCCAGGCCCUGUUGUCAGGCUGCUGUUGCCUCUGCAGUGGCGCUCACCCUUAAAGCCCAGGGGAUUUCUCUCCAGUUCUUGGCCUCACAUCAAAGCUCAAAUACAGAUCUCGAAUCUGUGGUCCUGGCUUGUUGGCAGUGUCUGGGUGGGGGGAUCAGUCUUCCUAGACCAGCCCUGUCUGCACGUGUGUUUGCACAUACUUG